AUGGCUGGCGGUACGAAGAAGAAAAAGAAACCCGCUGCCAACCCGGCUCGGGGUUUCGCUACCACUUCGGUCGCUUCCAAGCCCAGGCCAGAAGUUACCGAGCCCGAAUCAAAACCUGCAGUCGCCAAAAGCCAAGAUGCCCCUCCAUCGACGCAGAAAGAUGCCCCUCCAUCCUCGUCAACAGCUGGCAAUGCGACUGCCGCCGCCAACAGUCAAGAGGCGGCUCUGAGCCCCGAAGAAUUCGAAAAACACUUAGAAGAAUCUGAACUACAAAUUCUUGUCGAAAAACAUGCCACGAAAACGAAGAAGGAUGCCUUGCGUCAACGGAACCGGCUCGAUACCGAUCGUCGUCUUUUUCGCAGCCAAGCCGACACUAUCAAUAGCUUCAAAUGGUUACCUCAGGACUUGAUGAAUCACAUACUUGAUUUAAUCCAAGCUGAAAAUCGUUUCACAGCUUCGAGUUUGUCUUCGUCAGACAGCACUAAUGCUGGUAAGAUGCUACCUGAGGAAGAAAUGAUCAUUCGCCUCUGGACCUUACAACAAACCUUGACUGCGGCUGAGUUUCCUACCGAGCGUGUCGCCGCCGUCAUACGCUAUAUUCUGGAUAUUGCCCCCAAUGUUUCAACUACAAGCAGAGAAUCAAUCUGGGGACUCGAAGAAGCACUCGACUGGCUGGCCCGAGAAUGUAGAACUGAUGAGCUACCCAACUACGAACCUAAAUCAAAGCCGAUACUCAAAAGCACUACUGAUACUCCGCAGGAUAGUCCAGUUCCAAGUCGCUCAAGUACCCCUCGCCAUGCAGAUCCGCGAAACGGCCGCAAGAACAAAUCUUCUGGGGUCAAAGGCCGGCCAGUCAGAAACUCACCUGAUAAAAAGAUGGCGGUAGCUUGUGAUAGUGAUAUAGAACCCGACGAGCUUGUUUCGAAAUACUUGGAGAGCAGAGCAAAACUGUUAGAGUAUGAGCGUGGACGACCCGAGAACUUGCCAAUCAACGAACAUGACGAGCAGCUUGCUAUUGCCAAGCUUGAGGCCAAAAUUAGAAAGAUCGAGUCGGAUGUGCUCUUCGACAAGUAUGAGGCAGAUCAGCAAUGGAAGGUCCAGAGAGUUGAUCUAGAGAGACAGCUAGCUGCUGCAAAACACGACAGGCAAGAUCAAGCUGGUGAGAACUUGGUCGUGGAAAGAGAGCCCGCAUCUGAAAAGACUGAUGUUGGUGACAUCAGCAACGAAGCUGAACGCAUCGCUGCUGAGAUAUUGGCUGAAGUCAACGAUGAAGAAGAUGAUAUUGGAGGGCUGUUCGCAUCCCUGCCACAGAAUGAAGUCGACGCAAGCACAGGUGAAAGCCGUACUGUUGUUAAUUCAGCCGACGGGAAUCAAGUUGUGAUUCGUGAUUUUGGCAAAUCGACCGGUGUUAGUCCUCGGCGAGCUCUCGAGGAAGCAUGCCGCUCAAGGGAUUCAAUGGCGAAAAUAACAUACACUAUCGUGUCGGACGCGUCGUUCGCAAACCGUCAUUCUGUGGACAUUAUUUGGACAAAACCUCAAGACUUACCACCACCAGCGGCUUCAUCGGAAGUUGAAGUCGUGGCGGACCAUUUUCGAUUUACAUUCACCAUGACCAGCAUAGCCACACCGGAUUCGAAGCAGUCAGAAUCCUAUAUCUCUACCGCAGCUUUAUUCUAUACAUUUAGUGGUAACACUAAGGACGAAAAGGUUGCUAUCAGACUCCACCACGUGUGGAAAGAUGUUUGGGCGGAGCUUUCCGAAGCUAGGAAAGCACAGAUUGACGAAAAAGAUAGAGAAGUAAUGAGGGACUUAAGAUCCCUAGUUCGUGAACGUCACGACCAGGAGCUCGAAGACGGCGUCAUAAUUCAAGGGGCAUUCCGAGGACGGGGCAGCAAACAUGCCACCGAGGCAGGCGAUGAUGGCAGUCACGAUCGCUCAAGGCAGAAUACUACAAAUGGCGAGUAUUACCAGAAGAUUUGGGCAGAUAAAUCUAGCACCCGCAAAUUCCAAACGAUGCUGCAAUCCCGAAUGCAAUUGCCCAUGUGGCACUUUAGAGAGCAAGUAUUAGAAGCUGUCGAUGGAAAUCAGGUUGUCAUUGUUUGUGGUGAGACUGGAUGGUCACUCGUGGGCUACUCUAUUCGAUUAGAAGCCAACACCUCAAGAGAGACAAGACUGGUGUAUGCAACUACCGGUAUUGUCAUGCGGAUGCUCGAAGGGUCCAAUGAUCUCCAAGAGGUGACACAUUUGGUACUUGACGAAGUGCACGAACGGACAAUUGACAGUGACUUUCUUCUCAUUGUUCUGAAAAAGCUACUUGUCAGACGUAAAGACUUGAAAGUCGUUCUCAUGUCUGCCACAGUCGAUGCAGAUCGUUUCUCCGCUUACCUUGGUGGUGCACCAGUCCUCAACGUUCCUGGACGGACUUUUCCUGUCCAAGUUCGAUACCUUGAGGAUGCCAUCGAGCUUACUGGAUAUGCGCCUGCAGACUCCGAACCUGAUAAAAUGUUGGACCUGGAUGACGACCCUGCUGAAAGUGAGGGAGAGAACACAAAGAGCGAUAUCUCUAAGAGCCUUGCAAGUUAUUCAUCAAGGACUAAAUCAACUCUGACUCAGAUUGAUGAAUAUCGAAUCGAGUUUGAUCUGAUUCUCCAACUCAUAGCUCAAAUCGCCAUCAACGACCAACUCCAAGACUUCAGCAAAGCCAUUCUUGUCUUCCUGCCAGGUAUUGCUGAAAUCCGCACGCUGAACGACAUGCUUCUUGGAGACCCAAGGUUUGCUAAGGACUGGCUUGUUUAUCCUUUACAUUCUACAAUCGCAACCGAGGAUCAGGAGUCAGCAUUCCUUGUCCCGCCACCAGGAAUCCGUAAGAUUGUCCUCGCUACCAACAUCGCCGAGACUGGAAUUACUAUUCCUGAUGUCACUUGUGUCAUCGACACUGGCAAGCAUCGGGAGAUGCGAUUCGAUGAGAGACGACAGCUUUCGAGACUGAUCGAUACAUUUAUCUCUCGAGCGAAUGCAAAGCAAAGGCGAGGUCGCGCCGGUCGUGUACAAGAGGGCCUAUGCUUUCACAUGUUCACCAAGUUCCGCCAUGAUCAGCUCAUGAGCGAUCAACAGACGCCUGAGAUGCUCCGUCUCUCGCUGCAAGAUUUGGCCAUUCGUGUCAAAAUCUGCAAAAUUGGAGGGAUUGAGGAGACCUUGGGCGACGCACUCGAUCCACCCUCGGCCAAGAACAUUCGUCGAGCGGUUGACGCGCUGGUGGACGUUCGCGCCCUCACUCAGACCGAGGAACUGACACCACUUGGAUAUCAACUGGCCAGGCUGCCACUGGACGUGUUUCUGGGCAAGCUGAUCUUGUACGGUGUGAUUUUCAAAUGUCUGGACAUGGCCAUUACCACUGCUGCUAUUCUAUCUUCCAAGUCGCCCUUCUCUGCACCCUUUGGUCAGCGUACUCAAGCAGAUAAUGCCCGUAUGGCUUUUCGCCGUGGGGACUCCGAUCUCCUUACUAUAUAUAACGCUUACCUGGCAUGGAAGAGGGUAUGUCAGUCUGCAGGCGGUGGCGGGAAGGAAUUUCAAUUUUGCCGCAAGAAUUUCUUGAGUCAGCAAACUCUUGCCAACAUCGAGGAUCUCAAGGGACAGCUCCUCACUUCUUUAGCAGAUUCUGGGUUCCUUUCUCUGACUGAAGAAGAGAGGCGAGCGCUAUCCCGUGCCCGAUUCUCUGGUGGACGAGGAAGAAGGCAGCAGCAGUUCUAUGACAUCCCUCGAAGGGUCAACCUCAACAGUGACAACGAUGUUGUUUCCGCAUCAGUUAUAGCUUGGAGCUUCUAUCCUAAGAUCCUAGUGAGAGAUGCACCAGGAUCAAAGGGCCUGAGGAAUAUUGGCACAAACCAAUCGAUUAGCCUCCAUCCGUCAUCCGUCAAUCGAGGUCGUCUUGAUCUUCGCUGGCUGUCGUACUAUCAUAUCAUGCAGUCCAGAGCAGUAUAUCACGCCCACGAGGCUACAGCCGUGGAAGCAUUUCCCAUUGCUCUUUUGUGCGGCGAUAUGUAUUCUGGAGUAAUUAUUCUGGAUGGAAACCGAGGACGUUUUGUAGUCCCCGAUUGGAAGACGAUGUUGGUCAUAAAAGUUCUCCGAACACGUCUCCGCGAACUGUUGACACGGUCUUUCAAACAACCAGGCAAGCUGCCUACCGCUCAACAAGAGAAGUGGCUUGAUGUUUGGCAGAGGAUCUUCACACAAGAUUUUGGACAAGAUAGAUCCACUACGGGGAUGACGAUCAAGGCAUGA